AAAGUAUAAAAGCAGGCUCGGUGCUCAGUCUGUAUCCUUCACUGUGCCUGCAUCUAGAGUAACUUAAGACUUCCACCUAGUUUUCUUUCCAUCUGGGGGGGAACUAACGAAAACAACCAACCAUGGGUGACGGUGAAAUGGCUGUGUUUGGGGAAGCAGCCCAAUUCCUCAGAAAGUCUGAGAAGGAAAGAAUUGAGGCACAAAAUCGACCAUUUGAAGCCAAAACUAAUGUCUAUGUGAUUGAUCCUAAAAUAAUGUACACCAAAGGCCUUGUACAAAGUAGAGAUGCUGGAAAAGUUACUGUGAAGAAAGAAGAUAACACUACCGUAACAGUGAAGGACGAUGAAAUCUUCCCCAUGAACCCCCCGAAGUAUGAUAAAAUUGAAGACAUGGCUAUGAUGACUCACUUGAAUGAACCAUCUGUCUUGUAUAAUCUCAAAGAGCGUUAUGCAGCCUGGAUGAUCUACACCUAUUCUGGCCUAUUUUGCGCCACUGUCAACCCCUACAAGUGGCUGCCAGUGUACAACCCUGAGGUAGUCAAUGCGUACAGAGGCAAGAAGCGUCAGGAGGCUCCACCCCACAUCUUCUCCAUCUCUGAUAACGCCUAUCAGUUCAUGUUGACUGAUCGUGAAAAUCAGUCUGUCCUUAUUACUGGAGAAUCUGGUGCAGGAAAGACUGUUAACACGAAACGCGUCAUCCAGUAUUUUGCAACAAUUGCAGCUGUUGGUGACAAGAAGAAAGAAGAACAACAGUCAGCUGGAAAAUUGCAGGGAACUCUGGAGGAUCAAAUCAUCUCAGCAAACCCCCUACUGGAAGCCUUUGGUAAUGCCAAGACUGUGAGGAAUGACAACUCUUCCCGUUUUGGUAAGUUCAUCAGAAUCCACUUUGGAACCACUGGAAAGCUGUCUUCUGCUGAUAUUGAAACCUAUCUACUGGAAAAAUCCAGAGUAACAUUCCAACUGUCAGCAGAAAGAAGCUAUCAUAUAUUUUACCAGGUCAUGUGCAACAAAAAGCCAGAGCUUAUUGACAUGCUCCUGAUUACAACCAACCCUUAUGACUUUGCAUUUGUGAGCCAAGGUGAAAUCACAGUAGCAAGUAUUGAUGAUGCAGAGGAGUUGAUGGCUACUGAUAGUGCCAUUGAUAUCCUGGGUUUUAAUUCUGAUGAGAAAAUGGGUAUCUACAAACUGACUGGUUCUGUCAUGCACUACGGCAACAUGAAGUUCAAGCAGAAACAAAGAGAGGAGCAGGCUGAGCCUGAUGGCACAGAAGUUGCUGACAAAGUUGGCUACCUCAUGGGUCUGAACUCUGCUGAUCUGCUUAAAGCAUUGUGCUACCCAAGAGUCAAAGUUGGGAAUGAAUAUGUGACCAAAGGACAAACUGUCCAACAGGUUUAUAACAAUGUUGGUGCCUUGGGCAAGUCCGUCUAUGAGAAGAUGUUCUUGUGGAUGGUAAUUCGUAUCAAUCAGCAGCUGGACACCAAACAACCAAGACAGCAUUACAUUGGUGUAUUGGACAUUGCUGGCUUUGAGAUCUUUGAUUACAACAGCUUAGAGCAGCUCUGCAUCAACUUCACCAAUGAGAAACUGCAACAGUUUUUCAACCAUCACAUGUUUGUCCUGGAACAAGAGGAAUACAAGAAGGAAGGUAUCGAGUGGGAGUUCAUUGACUUUGGAAUGGACCUGGCUGCCUGCAUUGAGCUUAUUGAAAAGCCAAUGGGUAUCUUCUCCAUCCUUGAAGAGGAGUGCAUGUUCCCCAAGGCAACAGAUACUUCCUUUAAGAACAAGCUAUACGACCAGCAUCUUGGCAAGUCCAACAACUUCCAGAAGCCAAAGCCUGGCAAAGGCAAAGCUGAGGCCCACUUCUCCCUUGUUCACUACGCUGGAACUGUGGACUACAACAUCACUGGCUGGCUUGACAAGAACAAGGACCCACUGAAUGAAACUGUUGUUGGACUCUACCAGAAGUCUGGAAUGAAGCUACUUGCAUCCCUUUAUGCUGCACAUCCCGGUGCAGAAGGAGACAGCAAAAAAGGAGCCAAAAAGAAGGGUUCUUCUUUCCAGACUGUAUCUGCACUUUUCAGGGAAAAUCUGAACAAAUUGAUGUCCAACUUAAGAAGCACUCACCCUCACUUUGUGCGUUGUCUCAUCCCUAAUGAGACAAAAACACCAGGUGUGAUGGAUCACUACUUAGUCAUGCAUCAACUUAGGUGCAAUGGUGUAUUGGAAGGCAUCAGAAUUUGCAGGAAAGGUUUCCCCAGCAGAAUCAUCUAUGCUGACUUCAAGCAGCGUUACAAGAUUCUCAAUGCAAGUGCUAUUCCAGAGGGCCAGUUUAUUGACAGCAAGAAAGCUUCAGAGAAACUUCUUGGAUCUAUUGAUGUUGACCAGACACAGUACAAAUUUGGACACACUAAGGUAUUCUUCAAAGCUGGUCUUUUGGGUACUCUUGAAGAGAUGCGAGAUGACAAGCUGGCACAACUCAUUACUCGUACACAGGCUAUGUGCAGAGGAUUUCUUAUGAGAGUAGAAUUUAGGAAGAUGAUGGAGAGACGGGAGUCCCUCUUCACCAUUCAGUACAACAUUCGCUCAUUCAUGAACGUCAAACAUUGGCCAUGGAUGAAACUUUACUUCAAGAUUAAGCCUCUACUGAAGAGUGCAGAGUCUGAGAAGGAGAUGGCCAAUAUGAAAGAAGAGUUUGAAAAAUGUAAAGAAAAUCUUGUGAAGUCAGAAGCAAAAAGAAAGGAGCUGGAAGAGAAAAUGGUCUCAAUUCUCCAAGAGAAAAAUGAUUUGUCACUUCAAGUACAAUCCGAAUCAGAGAGUCUAUCAGAUGCAGAAGAGAGAUGUGAAGGACUAAUUAAAAACAAGAUUCAGCUAGAGGCAAAAAUCAAAGAGAUUAACGAGAGGCUGGAAGAUGAGGAAGAAUCUAACGCUGAACUGACAGCGAAAAAGAGGAAACUUGAGGAUGAGUGCUCUGAACUAAAGAAAGACAUUGACGACCUUGAGCUGACACUGGCCAAAGUAGAGAAGGAAAAACAUGCGACAGAAAACAAGGUUAAAAACCUCACUGAAGAAAUGGCAGUUUUGGAUGAGAGCAUCGCCAAACUUACCAAGGAAAAGAAGGCUCUUCAAGAAGCUCACCAACAGACCUUAGAUGACCUGCAAGCUGAAGAAGACAAAGUCAACACCCUCACCAAAGCAAAAACAAAACUAGAACAGCAAGUUGAUGAUCUUGAAGGGUCCCUUGAGCAAGAGAAAAAGCUCCGCAUGGACUUGGAGAGAUCAAAGAGAAAGCUUGAGGGUGACCUAAAACUUGCCCAGGAAGCUACAAUGGAUUUGGAAAAUGACAAGCAACAGCUGGAUGAAAAAAUAAAAAAGAAGGAAUUUGAAUUCAGUCAAAUACAAAGCAAGAUUGAAGAUGAGCAAGCUCUUGCUGCUCAGCUACAGAAGAAAAUUAAAGAACUUCAGGCCCGUAUUGAAGAACUUGAAGAGGAAAUUGAAGCUGAGCGUGCAGCUCGUGCAAAGGCAGAGAAGCAACGUGCUGACCUCUCUAGAGAACUAGAGGAGAUUAGUGAGCGUCUGGAAGAAGCAGGUGGGGCAACUUCUUCACAGAUUGAGAUGAACAAGAAACGUGAAGCUGAAUUUCAGAAGAUGCGUCGUGACCUUGAAGAGUCCACACUUCAGCAUGAAGCCACUGCUGCUGGUCUACGAAAGAAGCAAGCUGAUACUGUAGCAGAGCUUGGAGAGCAAAUUGAUAACCUCCAAAGGGUUAAGCAGAAACUGGAGAAGGAAAAGAGUGAACUUAAGAUGGAGAUUGAUGACCUUGCCAGUAAUAUGGAGUCUGUAUCCAAAGCCAAAGCAAACCUGGAGAAAAUGUGCAGAACACUAGAAGAUCAAUUCAGUGAAGUUAAAACCAAAGAGGAAGAACAUGUUAGAGUAAUAAAUGACCUAAACACUCAGAGAGCUCGCCUUCAGACAGAAAAUGGUGAAUUUGGGCGUCAACUUGAAGAAAAAGAAUCUUUGGUCUCUCAGCUAACUAGAGGAAAACAAGCAUUCACUCAGCAAAUUGAAGAACUAAAAAGACACCUGGAAGAAGAAACAAAGGCAAAGAAUGCCCUUGCUCAUGCUUUGCAAUCUGCCCGCCAUGACUGUGACCUGCUCCGGGAACAAUAUGAAGAAGAGCAAGAGGCUAAGGCUGAGUUACAGCGCUCAUUGUCUAAGGCCAAUGGAGAGGUCGCCACGUGGAGAACAAAAUAUGAGACUGAUGCUAUUCAGCGCACAGAGGAACUGGAAGAAGCCAAAAAAAAGCUUGCACAACGCCUCCAGGAAGCUGAAGAACAAAUUGAGGCUGUAAAUUCCAAGUGUGCAUCAUUGGAAAAAACUAAAGUGAGACUUCAAGGAGAAGUGGAGGAUCUUAUGGUUGAUGUAGAGCGUUCAAAUUCAGCCUGUUCAGCUCUUGAUAAGAAGCAGAGGAACUUUGACAAGGUGUUGUCAGAGUGGAAGCAAAAAUAUGAAGAGUCCCAAGCUGAGCUUGAUGCUUCUCAGAAGGAAGCAAGGUCCCUUAGUACAGAGAUCUUCAAGAUUAAGAAUUCAUAUGAAGAAUCAUUAGAUCAGCUGGAGACGCUGAAGAGGGAAAAUAAGAAUCUUCAACAUGAGAUCACUGACCUAUCUGAACAGAUUGCUGAGAGUGGAAAGGUCAUUCAUGAGAUUGAAAAAGCCAAAAAGCUGACUGAACAGGAGAAAUCUGAUUUGCAGUCAGCUCUUGAAGAAGCUGAGGGAUCGUUAGAGCAUGAGGAAGCCAAGCUCCUACGUAUCCAACUUGAGCUAAAUCAAAUAAAGGGUGAAGUUGACAGAAAAGUUGCAGAGAAGGAUGAAGAGAUUGAACAACUGAAGAGAAACAGCCAGAGAGCUUUGGAAUCAAUGCAGAGUUCUCUAGAUUCUGAGAUUAGAAGCAGAAAUGAUGCUCUGAGACUAAAGAAGAAGAUGGAAGGAGAUCUUAAUGAGAUGGAGAUACAACUUAGCCAUGCAAAUCGCCAGGCUGCAGAAGCACAGAAACAACUCAGGAAUGUUCAGGGACAACUUAAGGAUGCCCAACUUCACCUUGAUGAUGCCAUUAGAGGAAAUGAUGAUCUCAAGGAACAACUGGCCAUUGUUGAAAGAAGGAAUAACCUCAUGACUGCAGAAAUUGAAGAAAUUAGGUCUGCCCUUGAACAGACAGAACGUGGCCGUAAGGUGGCAGAACAAGAACUUCUGGAUGUCACUGAGCGUGUUCAGCUGCUUCACUCUCAGAACACUAGCCUGAUCAACACCAAAAAGAAGAUUGAGGCUGAUAUAUCUCAACUACAAGGCGAAGUAGAUGAAACAGUGCAAGAGGCAAGAAAUGCAGAAGAAAAAGCCAAAAAAGCCAUCACAGAUGCUGCAAUGAUGGCUGAAGAGUUAAAGAAAGAACAGGACACCAGUGCUCAUCUUGAAAGGAUGAAGAAGAAUCUUGAGCAGACUGUAAAGGAUCUUCAACACCGUCUGGAUGAAGCUGAGCAGCUGGCACUGAAAGGUGGCAAGAAGCAGCUCCAGAAACUGGAGUCCAGGGUGCGUGAACUAGAAAAUGAACUUGAAGCUGAGCAAAAGAGAUCUGUUGAGGCCAUCAAAGGUGUGCGUAAAUAUGAGAGGAGAGCCAAGGAACUGUCUUACCAGUCCGAGGAGGACAAGAAGAACGUGUUCAGGCUUCAGGAUUUAGUUGACAAAUUGCAGCUGAAGGUCAAAGCAUACAAGAGACAAGCUGAGGAGUCUGAGGAACAAGCAAAUACACACAUGUCAAGAUUUAGGAAGACACAACACGAACUUGAGGAGGCUGAGGAACGUGCUGACAUUGCUGAAUCACAAGUUAACAAGCUAAGGGCCAAGAGCCGUGAUAUUAGCAAGAAAGCAGAAGAGUGAAAAUACCUGAAGUAUGAUACAAAGGAUGUUCAUAAAAUAUGGACUGAUUUGUAAAUAGAAGCACGUGUUUAGUAUUCUAGACUCUAGAUGCAAAUAAAUUCUAUGCAAACAAAA